GCUGGCAGCGGCAGGCGCAGCGGGCCACAGUGCAGGGGGCGGUGGAGGCGGCGCUGGUGACGUACACGCGGGCCAGCAGCGCCGCUCUGGGCGUCACCGGUGCCUCGCGCACCGACGCUGGCGUGCAUGCUUGGGGGCAGGUAGCCCAUUUCACCACCGCCUCCCCCAUAUGCGACCUGCCCCGCAUGCACCGCGCCCUCAACGCGCUGCUGCCGCCCGCCAUCCGCGUGCGCUCGCUGCGCGCCGUGCCGCUGUCCUUCCACGCGCGCCUGCAUCCAUGCAGCAAGCACUACCACUACACUGUGCUCAACAGCCCCGUGCCGCACCUGCUGCCGCACCGCCGCUCCACGCUGCUCUCCUACUCGCGCGGCCCGCUGGACCGCCAGCUCAUGGCGCAGGCGGCUCGGCUGUUCGAGGGGCGACGGGACUUUGCGGCGUUCGCGAACGCGUGUGAGGCGAAGGAGAAGGGCGCGGUGAGGGAGAUCACACGGUUCGAGCUGGUGGGGGAGACGGACUGCUGGCAGGGCGUGGUGGAUGAGGGGGAGCCGUCACCCGUGUUCCGCUUUGAGGUGGAUGGAUCGGGGUUUCUUUAUCGGCAGGUCCGCAACAUGCGCUCCAUAUCUGCAACCGCUCUUGCCGUCUCCAUGUUCUCGCUGCCCCCUCUUGCCAGCCUAGCCCACAUGCUGUGGGUAUCUGCACACUUUGCUUUGCGCUUGCCCUCCUCUUCAUCCUUCUCCCACUGUCCUCCCUUCUCGUCUCUCUGCGUCACUCCCUACGCCUCCUCUCUCCAGGUGGGCCUACUGCUGCAAAUAGGAGCGUGCACGCUGCCCCCCUCUAUAGUCACGGACCUCCUGCUCUCGGGGGACCGACGCCAGCUGGCUCGCGUGGCGCCCACCGCCAAGCCCCAGGGGCUCUCCCUCAUGCGCGUGGACUACCCCCCCACUGCCCUCAUUCCGCCGCCCGACUCCCCGCCGCCCAGCCUCAGUUAUUUCGAGCAAUAG